GGUGACGGUGACACAGCCAGGGUGAGCGCUCGGGUCUUAUCCCAGGGAUGUCACAGCAUCGUGGGAAGAACUCAAGAAGCACAAGUCUGGAUCUGACCUCCUCAGAGGACGCGAGGACCAGAGACCAGGUGGAGACCAGGAAAGGACAGAGGGACGGAAGGGACCAGAACAUGCCGGAAUGAUCCAGGAGGAGCAGGGCAGGGAGCUCUGAACCCAGGGCCUCAGGCUGGGACACUGUUUGGUGACACUAAGCCUCACGCAGAGCAGAGGGGAGUGAGCCGUGGGGCCUAGGCAGAGAAGCCGGCUCAGAGACGUCUCUGUUCCUCCUGCUGUGCCGCCCGGGGCCAGGCCCCAACCCCUCCUGCAGAACCCGAGGCUCAUGGACACCACCGAAGACCACCGGUGCCCUCGGCUCCUCCCUGUGCCUGGACUCCCUCACCCCCGGCCCAGGCCAGGGAGUCCAAGGAGGCCAGCAUUUCCACAGCCCUUCCAAGGGGCUGGGCCUGGGUUCUCCUUGCGACAGAACCCAGUCUCUCUUAAGGAGGAACCUGACCUGGCUCAGAUUCUCACCAGCAAGGGGGCUUUGGGCAAGCCGCCGGCCUCAGCGCUAAACUGGAGGGGCAAAGAUCACCUACGUUCAGAGGCCAAGAGUCUGGGCUUCCAAACCUCUUAAGCAAAUUAAAAGAACAGAUGUAUAACCUCCAGUAGACGGGGUUUUGUGAUUUCAGCCUUUACUGGCGCAACUGUCCUCAUUUGACCAGUGAGAAAACAGAGUCCAGAGAGGUAAAGUGACUCACCAAGGACACACAGCAAGGCCGUGCAGGGGUAGAGCCUGCAGGCCCCGGAUGUGUGCAUCUUCCUCUUCCCCCACACAGGGCUAACCCACAGGGGAGCUUACUCUAGUGACUCAGGUCUGAUCUGCCCCGAACCCCUCUCAUUCCUCUAUUUCUUACAAACGAGAAAACUGAGGCUCAGGGGACCUAACUCUCUGGCCCGCGGUCACCCAGCCUUCUGCACGGGAGCUGGGGAGCUCACACUCUUCCUGUUCCUAUUCUGGAAUGCAGCCUCCCAAAUCCCCAGCCAGGGCUCCGAGGCUAGGCUUGUCUGUCCCACCCGGUCCCAGGCCUGGGCUGAUUAACAGCAGCUAAACUCCGGGCAGCCCGGGCAUCACCCACACGCCCCAGGCACCCCCAGGGCGCCCGGGUGCAGGAAGCUGCAGAUGCCCUGGCCCCGCGGUGCCCAGCCACUCCUGCUCCAUGCUCUAGCAAGGAGGGAGGACAGCUCUGGGCGGUUGGCAGAGCAGCAGGCUCCGGCUGAUGGAGAGAUUACUCCUAAGCCCUCCCUCCCCCCGCAGGACCAUGCUGGCCGUCCCCGUGGACCUGGAGAGUCCGCGGCUGAGGCAGGACAACAAGCCCAGCUCCUCAGCGCGACCUCAGACCCUCACCUCUCAGGAGGGGGGCUUCGGGGGUCCUUCUAACAUCCCCCCGGGGCUCUUCUGCAGCUGCAGGAGAGAGAGCACAAUGAAUGAACUUCCGGCUCCUGGGAGGGGAGAGGGGAGAGACUAACUCUGCCGGGAACCGCUGGGGUUGGAAUUUUCUUCUCCCUUCGUCCCCACCACAAACCGUCCCUCUCCUGGCCACUGGGCUGUGGGCUCUCCUUGCCUGGCAGAGAAGCCGCUGCAAAUGAGCUCCGUGAGGCAAGAGGGCUGUGCUCCUUCCCCUGGUCCUACGCUGUGAGCAAAGUGACACAUGCAGCAGAGCAGGCUGCCUUGGGGCCAGCCAGUGUGGACUACACCAGCGUGAGUCACUCUGCACCAUCCACCAGAGUCCAGCCUGCUCUGAACUGAGAGGAACUUUUAUUUCCAUCAGCUGCUGACUGCUCCUCCUGACUGCGGUGUGUCUGCAAAUGUGCUCCCACUGCUCCCGGGCAGGGACAUCUCCGGCCAUGCCUGUGCCUUCGGGAGAUGGGGUCCUGGGCCUCGGACACCCUCACGGUGGCUCCUACAGCCCCCUGAGCCAGCUCCUGCCGGGCCCCCUGGAGACUCGGUCCGCCAAGGGCCUGUACUACCGCAGGGCCCGGAGGCUGGGCGCGCUGGAGGCCCCCCCGGAGGCGGACCUCAAGAAGGAAGUCCUGGUCAACGUCGGGGGCCACCGGUUCCUGCUGCCCUGGAGCACGCUGGACGCGUUCCCGCUGAGCCGCCUGAGCCAGCUCCGGCUCUGCCGCAGCCGCGAGGAGAUCGGGCAGCUGUGCGACGACUUCGACGAGGACACCCAGGAGUUCUUCUUCGACAGGAGCCCCAGCGCCUUCGCGGUGAUCGCGAGCUUCCUGGCGGCCGGGAAGCUGGUGCUCCUGCAGGACACGUGCGCGCUGUCCUUCCGGGAGGAGCUGGCCUACUGGGGCAUCGCGGAGGGCAGCCUGGAGCGCUGCUGCCUGCGCAGGCUGCUCGGGAGGCUGGAGGAGGCGGCCGAGCUGCGCCGCGAGGAGGCCCUGCAGCGGCAGCGCGAGGCCGGCCACCCCGCGGGGCGCAGCUCGCGCUGGGGGCUGUGCAUGAGGCAGCUGGGCGACAUGGUGGAGAACCCGCGCUCCGGGCUGCCGGGCAAGGUCUUCGCCUGCCUCUCCGUCCUCUUCGUGGCCACCACGGCCGUCAGCCUGUGCGUCAGCACCAUGCCCGACCUCAGGGCCGAGGAGGACAAGGGCGAAUGUUCUCACAAAUGCUACUACAUCUUCGUGGUGGAGACCAUCUGCGUGGCCUGGUUCUCCCUGGAGUUCUGCCUGAGGUUCGUCCAGGCCCGGAACAAGUGCCAGUUCUUCCAGGGGCCGCUGAACAUCAUCGACAUCCUAGCCAUCUCCCCGUACUACGUGUCGCUGGCGGUGUCCGAGGAACCCCCGGAGGACGGCGAGAGGCCGCCGAGCAGCAGCUCCUACCUGGAGAAGGUGGGGCUGGUGCUGCGCGUGCUGCGGGCGCUGCGCAUCCUCUACGUGAUGCGCCUGGCGCGCCACUCGCUGGGGCUGCAGACGCUGGGCCUCACAGUGCAGCGCUGUGCGCGGGAGUUCGGGCUGCUGCUCCUCUUCCUGGCCGUGGCGGUCACCCUCUUCUCCCCUCUGGUCUACUUGGCGGAGAAUGAGUCCGGCCGGGUCCUGGAGUUCACCAGCAUUCCUGCUUCCUAUUGGUGGGCCAUCAUCUCCAUGACAACGGUGGGCUACGGGGACAUGGUGCCCCGCAGCGUGCCAGGCCAGAUGGUGGCCCUCAGCAGCAUCCUGAGCGGGAUCCUCAUCAUGGCCUUCCCGGCCACGUCCAUCUUCCACACCUUCUCCCACUCCUACCUGGAGCUCAAGAAGGAGCAGGAUCGGCUGCAGGCCCGCCUCCGCCGCCUCCAACGCACCAACUCUGACAGCGAACAUGAGCUCCUCGCCGACGUGGACGACCUGAUGCUGGAGGGCCCCGCCUUGCCGGUCCCCCAAGUGUAGCUCAGAAUCCCUCCUGAAUGCACCCUGUAGCUCCAGCCCGUCCCUCUCGCUGAACCAAGCUCCAGAACCCUGGGGUAGACCAACUGGCCGCAGGUCUCCAGAGCUCCAGAGAGCCUCCCAAAGCAAGGAGGCUGCCCGGCCAAAGAUGUCUGUCGCUGUGAUCUUUGGCGCUCAUGGCCUCCAGAUCCAGGCCAGCCUUCCCCAGCCACCUGCCUCCUCCCCUCCUGCCCAUCUGCUGAGCACAGCCCAUCCUCCUGAGCCGGGCCCAUCUCCCUGCCUUCUCUCUUCUCCCCAGCAGCCUGCAGCAUCCCACUCUGGGACCUGAUGCCCACAGAACUGGUUAAAUGACGAGCCUGCAGAAUCCCACUCUUCCCUAGGACCUGCUUUCUUGGGCCACAUCACCACGGGGAAACCCUUCCGCUAGACCCCCGCCCAGCUCCACGUGCUCCGUGGGGCACCACAUGCUCUCAACCUAACCUCCACCAGCGGAUUUCCCGAAGGGGCAGCUGCCAGCCCCCUGUUCUGGAAGCUCUGUGCCAAGAAGGCAGAACUGGCUGGUGUGGGGUGCAUGGCCUCAGGCCUGCCAUCCUCUGGCCAACCUGGGACCUGGGCGCAGCAGCACUUGCCAGCAGGGCACAGAAAGCUCUCCUUGGCUGGCCAGGCUCUUGGUGGGACAUUCUGCAGCCACCCAGCCCUUGGCCUUGACAGAGGCCGACUCUCCCGGGGCUCUGUGAUGUCUGCUGCUGGUUCCUCCAGCCCUGCAGGGACCUCAGCUCUCCAAGCUCAGCCAAGACACACGGACACAGAGCCGCUGCCAGGGUCUACCCCAGCUGGCUCCUGGACCAGGCCACGGGACGGACAUUCUGUUUAUAUCUAGAUGUGCGUAUUCCUCUGUUGGUUUAUGGGCAGAUUAACCCUUGGCACCCAGGAGAGAAGCCAGGCUGAGGGCCACAGUGCUGGGGAUGAGGCAAGGGGUCCUGAGAUCCACAGAGAAGACAAGGACCUCUUGAGCAGUGGACGCCUAAAGGCCUAGAGGCCCAGAGGCCCAGAUGGGCUGAAUGCUUAGGGGCAUUUGGGGGAAAAGUGGGUUGAGAUGAGAGGAUGCAGACCCGCGGAGCUUUGUAGAGGUGGUGUGGACAGACGGUGGGUGAGGACGAUAACAAUGGUCGAGAGGAUGUGAGACCAGACUGAAUGGGGGUGAUUGAGCAGAGAAGCAGGACCUGCAGGGGACCUCCUCCGUGGAACUCACCAUACAAGGUCGAGUCACAUCUGGAGUCUCUCUCGUCUUUUGUCUCUCAGCAGAGCACACCUAGAAGAUGUCCCAAUGGCACUCCCCAGGAGUGACAGGGCCCUGCACUGUUGGUCUCUGUUGGCUGAAUGUCCACUGGGAAAGUACAUGGGACACAGAUGAGUCUGGGCCGGGGAGCGGGACCUGCGGGUACAGCAUGGCCUCACAGGGGGUGGUCGGCACGUCAUCGCUGAUGAUAGGUCCCUUGCUGUUCGCUCCUUCCACUGGUGUUUAGGCCUCUCUGUGCCAGGCCCAGGUUGCCCUACUACGACACACGGCCGACGGCUCUGGCGCGGAGCACCAGCACCGAGCCUGAAGUGAGCUUUGGCCUUGCAAGGAACCCUCGACUCCUUCGACUCCUCAGAUGUCCUCCCGGCGGUGCAGGCCCAUGUCCCCAUCCCUUUACCCCUCAGCAGUCAGCGGGUCAUCAAGCUGACAUUUCUCCAAGUAAGCUCGUUGCAAGGUGACACAGUGGCCACCGCACAAGGAAAGUCUCUACAAUUCCUACUUCUCACAGGCCACUCUGCUCUGGGAAAUGGCUGGCGAAGUCUCACAGGCAUUGGGUCAAGUUCUGGGGACCCUUGAACAAUAGCCAUGAGUCUUUUGCCCCAGGCUAAACUUUUUUGUGACUACUCUUGGGCAAAAUUUUAAAAAGACGAAGGCUCCGACUUACUCUCUUCCGGGGGCUGGACCACUCGGUGCCUCCUGAGGCCUGGACUUCUCACUCCCUCCGUGACUUUGGGCAGCCCUCUUUCUCUUGCGAUCAACGGCAGAUCAGGGUAGAUCCUGACCUGGGGUGUUCUGACUAGAGUUCCACAGACUCCCUUCAGGGCCUCGUGGCAGAGAAGAUCAGCCAAGCGGGCAGAGCUCUGCCAGCCAGGGCACCACCCUGGCAACCGGUGAUGUUUAGAAUCAUGCAAGAAUCUCUAGACACCUUCUCCCCCCCAGGCAGUGCCUGCCCACAUCCCCUUGAGCUGAGGGGAGGCUCAGCCCUGGGACCAGAGCAGAAUCCUCAAUAGACACUAGAAGACCUGGGGUCCUUGAAAGCCCCCACAUCUGCCCCAUCUCCUGACUGAGGACAUGUCUGUGCCGGGUGUCUGCUGCGGUGACUCCUAACUGCAGCUCUGCUCACCACUGUGACUGGCUCCCACCUAGAGGUCUCCACGGUCCUUUGUCCCACCUACCAUACCAGGCCUCUCCACAGAAUGUGCCAAGGCUAAAGGAAAAGUUGAAGACCAAGAUUAGAUGAGCCACCAUCAACGCCGUGAGGUUCUAAAGUGACUGCACACAGGCCUGGGGGAAAUUCUCUACUAAAUUUGAGAUGGUAAAUUGCAAUCAGUGGCUUGCAUGUGGGGCUUAAUUAAAGCUCUAUUUUUUUCUGCUGCU